AUGGGGAAGAAUACUGACUUCAAUCCUAAUGUAUUAUUAGAAAUAUUUGUUUAUUUUGGUACUUUGCAUUUCUUUGCGUAUCAUUACAACGUUGCAGACUCAAGACUUGCACAGCAUGUUGAGAAAGGUAAUGAGGAUGGCCUUUUCGUAAGCUGUGUAGCAUCAGCAGCUAAUCUCUGGGCCCUCAUCAUGGAUGCUGGGACUGGUUUCAGUUCUCAAGUUUAUGAACUGUCCUCGGUCUUCCUGCACAAGGACUGGAUUAUAGAACAAUGGGAAAAGAACUACUAUAUCAGUUCCAUAGCUGGUGCAAAUAAUGGGAGCUCGUUGGUUGUUAUGGCUAAAGGAACUCCUUAUACCCAGCAAUCAUACAAAGUCAGCAACUCAUUUCCAUUCAAGUGGAUAAAUAAAAAGUGGAAAGAAGGUUUUCAUGUAACAUCCAUGACCACCGCUGGGAGUCGUUGGGAAGUAGUAAUGUCCAGGAACUCAGGCUACUCUGAACAGGUGGUGGAGCUUGACUUUUUGUACCCCAGUGAAGGAAUACAUCGAAGAUGGGAAAGUGGAUACAGGAUAACAUCAAUGGCUGCAACAGCCGAUCAAACAGCUUUUAUAUUGAGUAUACCUAAACGAAAAGUAACCGAUGAAACCCAAGAGAUUCUCCGCACUUCUGCCUUCCCAAGUACCCAUGUCAAGGGGCAAAAAAUCUGUACAUUGCAUCAAUAUGCUAUGGUCGGACAGUUUGCUGAGGAAACAUGUAUGGUGUUUCAACCUCUCUCACUCUCGCUCUAGGGUUUCAGGGAUGAUCUUUCUCUAGAAGCCUGACAAGGUGUAGCUUCGGUUUCAGUACAAUCCAAAGGUAAACCUUAACCAGGAGCCAACCUAUGUGACUGUGUAAUGAAAUGAAAUUUGUCUCUAUGUAUGUAGUAAGUACAAGAUAAAAAGAAAAAAAAAUGGAGUAGAAGAGAAGCAUCAUUAUUACUAGAAUUGAUCAAGAGCUGGAAAAAGUCAUGCAGUUUCUGGCUUAUUUGGCUUUGUACCUGAUUUGAGUACAGAAUCAGGAGGAAGCAACAUGUUUGUUAUAAAUUAUAAUGAACGUAUAAUUCUAAGAAGUAAGGCUUUCAUCUU